AUAAUCGCGACUCCGGGUGAGGGUGAGCUACCAGGAACCGGGGGGGGAUUGAGGCGGGACACACGAUUUGCGUUCCAACCGUCGGCUUACGGACUGCUGGAACUGGAGCAGGCAACACGACACACUGCUGGGCGCUUAUGUCUCGCGACCCACGACGCCCACGACGCUGAAACGUGCUGGGGACGGUACGCGCAGGUAAGCCCAUCGCUGCCUGGGACAGAAUGGAAGCCUUAGCAGUGUCUCCACUGACUGACUGACUGACACUAUCGCGAGCGCACAACGCACGCACAUACCCUUCACCGGGACCGGAGCACCAACUGAGCCACCCAUACACACGCAGUACUGCCCGAUACUUACUGGUGAUCGAAUCGAUCGAUUCCCGAGGUGCGAGGACUUCCUUCGCAGGGCGAGUCGUCGACACCGUUGCAGUGCAGCGUGAGGGACGUCGGGCUUGGAAGCGCAGUUUGGAAGCGCUCCAGUUCGGAUCGGACCGCUACCGAGCGGACGGGCCAGAAACGGUCACUAGACAUUGGACCAGCUGGACGCAUGUGGAAUUCCAUCGAUACCGGGGGUUCUUCUGGCCGCAGUGAUGAAACGAAAGCAGCGCCGCUACAGGACGACAUUCAACUCGCUCCAGCUGCAGGAGCUCGAGCGUGCCUUCCAGCGAACCCACUACCCGGACGUGUUCUUCCGGGAGGAGCUCGCGGUGCGUAUCGAUCUUACCGAGGCACGCGUCCAGGUUUGGUUCCAGAACCGUCGGGCCAAGUGGCGCAAAAGCGAAAAGACAACCGUCGGCGGUGAGCCAGACUCGCAACAGGACCAGCAAGAUCAGCAGCACCCACUCUCCACGUCAUCCUCAUCGUCGACAGGUACGGCCACCCUGUGCGGACCACGUGCUGACGGGACGGGUGAGAGUGUGCUCGGUGAUGUGGGCAUACUGGUGGAUACGGGUGAUGGAACCGGUGGUUCCAGAAUGCUUGACGAUGAGGAAGAUGACGAUGGGCUGGUGGGACUCCCGGACGAAGUACUGCACGGGAUGGGUGGAUCACUCAAAGCGCAGCAUCAUUCGCAAACGACGGGCGGUUUAGGCGGGCUAGCGAAGGGCGCAGGAUUGAGCGAUUCAAUGUCGAGCGACCAACCGGUACACCAUCAUCACCAUCAUCAUCUACAGCAUCAUCUGCAACAUCAACAUCAGCAUGUGGGGCCGAGCUCGCGAGCGUCCCUGCUGGAUGCGGUUGAUGUAACGCUUCCGGGCAGUUCUAGCACAUCGGGACUGACCUUCGACGGUGGUUCACUGCACAGUAUGACGCUCGGUCUGCCAGACGAUCCCACCGGUUCCGGUACGGUGAGCACGUCCGGGUACAGUGUGGUGGAUGCGGAGCUACCACGCCUCACCAUCGGAUCGCUCUCAUCGCCCGGUCGUCUAUCGCCCAACCUGUUCCUUAACCUCAACUUUGACCAUCUUAACUCGCUGGACGGUAGCCGGUCCAGCAGUUUGACGUUCGAGUGGAACAGCUUCACCGGAACGACGACCACGUCCGCUAACUCGACCAAGCUUACUCCCUCGGGUACAUCGUACAGUAGCUCCGUGAAUCCUUCAACCGAUGGUCUAGGGACGGUGAAUGUGUCUAGUGCUAGUCAGGAUGGUGCUGGUGGUUGUUGCUCACUUCAUCCAAACGAUGGAACGGCGCAGCAGCAGCAGCAGCAACAGACGCUACAACACCAUCAGCCGCACGAGCAUCACCAGCACCAUCAGCACCAUCACCAUCAGCAGCAACAGCAUCCGUCCUCUGUGUACGACGACGAGAUGAAGUUCCUGCACGUGGAUCACUUCGGUGCGAUGGAGAGUUUCAAGCACGAAUCACUCUUCAACCUCGAUCAAACCCUGCUCAGUGCGUCUGGGCCACCGUCCACCGAUCAACCGCUCACGCUACUACAGCAGCACCAUCAGCAACUACCAUCACACCCACACCAUCACCAUCAACAGCAGGUGUUGUGUGGCAGCCAAAAGAACACUCUCCAACAGCAGCAGCAGCAGCAGCAACACCACCACCAUCACCAUCAUCACCACCAUCACCAUCCGCACCAUCAGACGACCGCUUCCCAUCACCACACGCAUCACGGUCACCCUCAUCUCGGUGUGCUGGUGGAUGAACUCUCUGGCUUCCCGUCGCUCGGUGACCAUUCUGGGUCUGGUGCGGCCGGUGACGAUGAGUCCGGCCAGCCGGCAGCCUCCGUCUGUGUGGACGAUCCGCAACGGGCAUCACCGUCCGAGUUGCUCGAUCUCGAGCGACCGAUCAACAUACACAUCAACGUGGAGGACGGUCUCGAUACGCUGCACACGGACGACAAGUUCUGACGCCCAACAGCAGCACAACGUCACAUUCAGGGGCCCAAGUGUGCUAGCUAAUCCGUAGCCACUAAACAGUUUAGUGUUUUUGCUUUGAAACGUCACCUUACGAAUCUAACCAUCGCCAUCCAUGGCAAAAGGGCAGUGAGAAGGCGGUACGAUACCAGCCAGUGGACUGUUUUUAUUCAGUUACCAGCAAAACGGCUUUUUGUUAUGUUUUGUUUCUUCUUCUUCUUCCUCUUCUUACCCAUUCUAUCUUCUUAAGCGCUAACGGUAGUAGGCAAGGAAGAACCAAUGAUCCAAUGUUCUCUCACCAAUGUCUGUUGGGCGCGUUGAAGUUUGGAGCUUAAAUAAAACGAUUUCGACCGUGUUAUAGGCGAAUGUUUUACAA